AUGCGCUUUUCGACUUUGGGAGCUCUGCUGAUCACCACUGCCCUGAACCUUGUGAGCGCUCAAGACCAAGUUUCAACCAUCUCGAAUCAAACGACGCCUCUCAUCUCGAACUAUGGCGACUCGUUUAAAAACACUGGUGGCAAUGUUCUCAACGACAAAGUCAAUGUCUAUAUUGUCUUCUAUGGAAACUGGUCUUCAAGCGAGUCUCAAGCCGAGCAAACUACGUUUAUGAACUUUGUUAAUGGUGUCUCUUCGACCAGCUGGUUCACUACAUUGAAAGAGUAUACCGGCAAUGACGGCAAUGCAGUAACAGGACCAUUGAAUGUUGCAGCUGGUGUGGUCGACAGCGGUAGUCAUGGCCUUACAUUGAACGAUAGCGAUGCUCACAAACAAAUCAUUGUUGAUGCUGUCAACUCGGGUUAUCUAUCAGCAACGAAUCAAAUCGACUCGGAUGGCAUCUACGUGAUCAUGGCAGGCAACGAUGUGCAGGAUAAAGACUUUUGCCACACCAAUUGCGGAUACAACGGCUAUAGCGAUCAAUUCCAAUACAUGUUUAUUGGCUAUCCAGGAACCUGUUCAGAAAGCUGUAUUCCUCCACCUAUCAACCAAACUUCUCCCAACAACAACCCUGCUAUCGACGCUGCAGUCACCAUCUUUUCACACGAGGUUCAGGAUAUCUUGACCAAUCCACGUAAAGAUGCAUGGACAAUGGAUGCCAAUGGUACCACGAUUGAAUUGGGUGACUUUUGUGCUGGCUUGAAUGUCCCUGAGGAUGUGUGGUUUGGCAACAUGCAACAAACGGACAACAAUGCAAAGUACAACAUUGAAGUUGGCGACCAAAAGUAUCUUGUGCAGACCAUCUUUAGCAAGAACAAGAAGCAGUGUUUGCUGUCGUCUGAAUAG